AUGGGAACUCUUGGUCGUACCAGCGCCUCUAAAUGGAGGACUGCGACGAAAUUUGGCGCAAGUCCUGCCGCGUCGCUCGACCCGGUCGAUGAGAAGACUUCAAAGGAAUGGCAGAAACUCUUGUACAAGGAACCUGGAUUCACGGUUCCAACCAGGUUUAAGAUUCGGCUUCCCCAAAAUGCAAUCAGAGGUGGUGUUCAAAAGUGA